UCGUUGAAACCCUUUUCUCCAGCCACUUUGGACGUCUAGUUUUGGGGUUUUAGGGUUUUUGGAUAAAAUCUUAUCUUUCCUCUAUCUGUUUCCCAAGGCCAGCCAUGACUGCUCAAACUCAGGAAGAGCUCCUCGCUGCCCAUCUCGAACAGCAAAAAAUCGAUCCUGAUGAGCCUAUAGUUGAAGAUGAAGACGAUGAUGACGAAGAUGAUGAUGACGACGACGACAAGGAUGACGAUGAAGCUGAGGGACAACAUGACGGAGAUGCCGGUGGUAGGUCAAAGCAAAGCAGAAGUGAAAAGAAAAGCAGGAAAGCAAUGUUGAAACUUGGCAUGAAACCUAUCCCGGGGGUUAGCCGGGUCACUGUCAAAAAGAGCAAGAAUAUAUUGUUUGUCAUCUCAAAACCAGAUGUUUUCAAGAGUCCAACUUCAGACACGUAUGUAAUCUUUGGGGAGGCAAAGAUCGAGGAUUUGAGCUCUCAACUGCAGAGUCAGGCUGCAGAGCAGUUUAAGGCUCCUGAUCUUAGCCAUGUGAUUUCCAAACCCGAGUCUUCAGCAGUGGCACAAGAUGAUGAAGAAGUAGAUGACACUGGGGUUGAACCAAAGGAUAUUGAGCUGGUGAUGACACAAGCAGGAGUCUCUAGGCCAAAGGCUGUGAAAGCAUUGAAGGCUGCUAAUGGGGACAUAGUUACAGCCAUCAUGGACCUUACCAACUAAGAGAAGCUUUUAACAUUGUUUUAUGUUUCAUAAAUUAGCAGUUCUUAUGCGGUUUCUUGAUAAUGUGAGCUUUUUGAAGGUGGAUCUUUUCUUUUUCUUUUUUUUCAAUAUUACUGAAUUUCUAUUUUUCUUUGUUCUUUCUGUUGUACUAGUAACGAACGGAGAAAUGCAUUGAGUGAUGUUUCUCUAUA